UCACACUGAUCGCAACACCUUUGAGAGACGCUUCAACCGUUCGGCAUUAUCGGUCUUCAUUCAUCGGCUUUGUUUUCAAUCAGAAAAAUUGCCAAGAGUGUGUUUUGUAUAUAUAUUUUUUGUACUAGUUAACGCAUGUAAAAAUAACUUCCUUUGUCGAGAAACCAGAAGCAGAAGACAUGAGCGAAACCAUACCGGAAAAAGUCGAGGAGGAGGAGGUGGCGUCUUCAUCCUCGCCCUUGCCAUCGCCCUCAACUUCGCCUUCUACACCUUUAGAUGAUUCUGUACGCAAUAUUCCAACACCACAUGAUAUUGUGAUCCAAUUUGUGACGUCGGUGGACACGGGAUCGAUACGAUCGGAGCUGGCAGAGGAUUGUAUCUUCAGUUUCUUCGGAAGACAUGUGCGCGGCGUCAAUGCCAUAAUGGGCUAUGUGCGCACCCAGCUGCUGGGACGUUUCCAGCACGAGAGAUUCGACCGCGCCCAGAUCGUGUCCCAGAGCCAUGAGCUGAUACUCAAGGAGCGCUUCGGUCGUUCCUUCGAUGUGGUGCGCCGGCGCAUCUACGAGCAGAAGGAACGCGAACGUGCCACCACUUUACACCUACGGGCCGAGAGUGAUGACGAGGAGGUGCCCAGCCGUUAUCCCGUCCAACUGGUCACUCCACCGCGUGCCUCCAGCCACUCCAUGGAUCAGCUUACGUUCGUGGAGGCAUGCGGCGUACUGGAGAGUCUGCGCGACAGCAACUUCAGCGGGGGACUGGAUCUUGGUGACCUGGUGCCCAUGCACCUGACCCUGGGCUAUCGUCUCACCCCGGUGGUGCUCGGCAAUCUUCGCGCCAUUGAGAUCUGUUUGGCGAUCUACGAGAAGUAUCCCCUAAAGCUGAAUCGAUCGACGCUGGUGCCACCGCCCACGGUGGAGGAGAUUUUCGGGAUUGGACGUCUGCGGAACACUACCUUGGCUCCCGCCAAUCCCCAGACCGAUGACGAGGGCGAGGAAGUGCCUCAGGCCAGGAGUCUCAGCGUGCGUCGUAUUCUGUUCGCCGAUGGCGCCGACGAGGAUGGGGACGAGGACACGGAUGGGAGUGUGGAGGAGAAGAAGGAUGAUGCCUCCGAGCCAGACUUGCCGGAUCAGAACCAGGAAGAGGAUAAAGAUGAGCCGGAACAGCAAGGGGAACAGGAGGAGCAGCAGCAGCAACAGCCAGAGGAGGCUCCAGCAUCAUCAUCAUCGUCCACCGCCCAAGAGGAGACUAAUCCCCCAGCAGAGCCGAUUGUGGGGGAGCGGAACCCCCCGGAGAAGUCCAUCAUUUGCAGCCUGACACCGCGAAAACGCACCCAGACCACCAAUGUGUGCGAAGUGGAGCCCAAGCGCACACCUCUGCGCACCCGCAUGCGUUUCUAGGUCGUCCUCCAAUCAUCCACAAGUUUCCCACACAACUCACCGCACCUCCCACCCCAAAAUCCCAGUAGAAAAUUGUUAUAAAUUGCCGUUAUAUGUCGAGGACCCCUGGAAAUUAUGAAUGUUACCAAAAGAAAAAGGACGUUUUUCGGGUGGUCCAAAAUUUUCGCCUGCUUAGAAGAAGACUGAAAAAUGCCCCGCACCGGGCGGGGCCAGGCUAGUCGCCAAAUAUGUAUUGUGUUUACAUAAAAUAAUUAUUUUUAUAUAUGUUAUAGUUCGAUGUUGAUGCAAGUCCCUAACUUUUGCAUAUUGCAAAACAAACAAAUUAUGAUAUAAUGUAAUGUAAAUGGGUAUCUCUAAAUGAGGAUACCCAAAGUUUUAACGAUUUGCACAUUUGAAAAUAUUAAUAUCUAAAGACAAUAAUGCAUUGUUAUACAAAUUAUGAGAUAUACCAGUUAUAUAUUUGAUAUUAAAAAUUUAUUGCGUACAGUAAAUUGCUGUAAACUAAUUAUAAAAUUUAACCAAAAAUGUCUAGAAUAUUUCCAUAAGGAAGGGUAUUCAGAAUAUGGGAAAAACUUUACUAAAAAUGCUGACAAAGUGCUGGAAAUCUUGAAAUUUAAUUCUUUGUCAAAUAAACAGAGAGAAACAUUAAGAAAUUGUAAUAUAAAUAAUGGGAAUCAUCAAAUUAUAUAAAUUUUAAGUUAAAAAACUUGUAAGAACUUUUGAUUAAGACGAAAUUGUAUAUUUUUAGAGUAAGGAAAUAAAUACAAGUCAUUGUA